AUGUACCUCCAUCUCAACCCACACCCCUUCUCCAUCCUCCCCUCUCAUCCCGCCCUCGAUGAAACAGACACCAUUUCCUCAUCAACCCCAGCCCAUCCCCAACUCCGCUCCUUCCUCCACGCCUGCCUCACCGAAUCCCAAACCCUCCUGUCCUCCAUCCCCACCACCUUUCGCCGCGACCACAAACCCCGCCGCGCGCCGCCAUCCACCGCCGCCAUCCACCUCUACACGCGCAACGACAAUCAAGAAGGAGACUACUGGGUAUGUCGACAGAGCACGCACCAAGAUGCAGCAGUGACGGGGUCGGCCUCAUGGGAAGAAUUCCGUUCCGGGUUACGAGAAAACCAUUCCGAGAAUGAAAUGGAUUAUACGCCCAGUGUGACGUCCGUGGUGAAAUUGGUGGAGUGGCCGUCUGAAGUCGAUGUAGAAGGUGGUUGGGGGAAGGUCGAUGUUCAUGUGAACCUCAUCACGCAUACCUUCCACCCCACAAUUCUGAUUGCGCCUCGCUCGUUCCUUGUCUUGGUGAUUUCGGCGGACCGAGCAGCAGCAGCCGGGGAGCGACAUGGGUUUGUGACGAUCCAGAUCCCACUUGCUGUUGAGUCGAGUCCCGAAGCUGUCCGGAAGGAGAUCAUGGCGGCAGUGCCCCGGAAUACGAUCUUCGCGUCCUACGCGAGCGUGGAAGAGGUCAUUGCGACGGAGAGCGGGCUGCAAUGGACUAUGGCGACUACUUCAGAUGCUGGCGGGGCGAUUCCUCGGUGGAUCCAGCGGAGCUGGACCAUGGGCGGAGUCCCUAAAGCUGUUGUCGCCGACGUGGGCUUGUUUCUGGCCUGGACGGCCCGCCGGAGGUCUUAA